AUGCAGUACCUCCCUAAAGAACAUCAGUACCUCCCUAAAGAACAUCAGUACCUCCCUAAAGAACAUCAGUACCUCCCUAAAGAACAUCAGUACCUCCCUAAAGAACAUCAGUACCUCCCUAAAGAACAUCAGUACCUCCCUAAAGAACAUCAGUACCUCCCUAAAGAACAUCAGUACCUCCCUAAAGAACAUCAGUACCUCCCUAAAGAACAUCAGUACCUCCCUAAAGAACAUCAGUACCUCCCUAAAGAACAUCAGUACCUCCCUAAAGAACAUCAGUACCUCCCUAAAGAACAUCAGUACCUCCCUAAAGAACAUAAAGAACAUCAGUACCUCCCUAAAGAACAUCAGUACCUCCCUAAAGAACAUCAGUACCUCCCUAAAGAACAUCAGUACCUCCCAAAGAACAUCGUACCACUUCACGUUAAGAAUGGUUUGCUGUAUAUUCCAAUUGUUCUCUUCCUUUAA